AUGCACUGCAUCUCCAUAUUUUUCUUCUCUAUUGACCUUUUCCUCAUCUCUUGUUCACUUCUCACGCCAAUACAAUGCAUCUCCAUAUUUUCCUUCUUCUCUAUUGACCUUGUCCUCAUCUCUUGUUCACUUCUCACGCCAAUACACUGCAUCUCCAAUAUUUCCUUCUUCUCUAUUGACCUUAUCCUCAUCUCUUGUUCAUUUCUCACGCCAAUACACUGCAUCUCCAUAUUUUCCUCUUCUUACACCCGUAAGUACAUAUAAUUGGUGCAAAGAAAUAAAUUAUUUACCCGACAUAGAAUUGACUUUCACAACAAAGUGAACAAACUUUUCCCUUCCUCAUUACUUUAAGGCAACUAGUUCACAAGAAAGGUGAAAGUACAAGGUUUGCAAUAUUUUUCAUGCUUGAAGAUUUCAAUCACACACACACACACACUUGGCCAAGAACCCUAAUUUUAUCUAGUGGUGAUUCAAACCCUAGUUCUCAAAAUCUUUGCCUUUGCGGCUAUUUCAAGUUCAGCCUAAAGCUUGGGACAAACAACAGUACGACAGUCCUCUUCAACAAAGGCUUCAUUGAAGGAGAAUCACUAAAGCUCGAAGUUACUAGAGGACUAUGGAGAAACUUGUUUCAAAUUGGUCUAGUACUGUUCAUUCCUUGCCUGAAUCAUAUGUGUUUCCACCUGACCAAAGACCGGGGAAGCACAUUGUUCCUCUAUGCAAGACCAUUCCAGUGAUUGAUAUUGGAAAGCUAGUCGGUCAUGAUCGAAGUGAUGUUAUUCAACAUAUUUUGAAUGCCGGCCAGGAGUUCGGGUUCUUUCAGGUCAUCAACCAUGGAGUUUCAGAAAAUUUAAUGGAAAAUACAAGGAGUUUAUUCAAGGAGUUCUUCAAUCUGCCAGACGAGGACAAGGCAAGUUUUUACUCUGAGGACACCAAUAAGAGUUGCAGGCUUUGCACGAGCAGUUUUAACUAUGCCAACCAAGAGGUUCACUCUUGGAGAGAUAAGUUCAGACAUCCUUGUCAUCCUUUGGAGGAAUGCAUGCAAUUAUGGCCGGAAAAGCCAACUAGAUAUCGAGAGGUGGUAGGGACAUAUUCAGUUGAAGUAAGGAAGUUGUCAUUCAGGAUUUUGGAGCUGAUUUGUGAAGGAUUAGGACUUCAAAUGGGGUGCCUCGGAGAUGAACUGACCAAAUCUCAGAUACUGACAGUUAAUCGCUACCCACCAUGCCCUGACCCAAGUUUAACUUUAGGAUUACAGAAACAUUGUGACCCUAACCUCAUAACCAUUCUACUUCAAGGAGAUGUAUAUGGGCUUCAAGUCUUCAAGGAUGGUCAAUGGAUUGGUAUUGAGCCUCUUCCAAAUGCAUUUGUGGUUAACAUAGGUUACCAAUUACAGCCUUGGCAUUCCACCCUCAUAAGACAUAUGCUCCAUAACAUAUUAUUGCUACAUUGAGAGACCAAAAAUAAAAAGUGCAGUGGGUGGAAGGCCAAAAAUGUGGAAUCUUUCAAUCAAAUGUGAUACUGAUCAAGACCUCAAGGCCUAUUAAGUUUAUUAAUGGCUUUCACAAGUAUGUUUUACCUAUUUAUUUUGUCGGUGUGUGCCAUGUAUGUGUAUGAUUAUUUCAAAUUAGUUUAUUUGUGGUAUUAGAGCUCUUUGUACACGUCAUAAGAACCAUUUCGUUUUGUACAAAAUUAUAAUCUUUUGAAACAUUUUCUCUCGUAUCUUCAAAGUUGUAAAGUUAAAAGGCAUAAUGUCCAUAAAGGGCUCGGCUUGAAGCACAAGGGGUUUUGUGAAAAGCUGUAAAGUUGGACCAAAUAUGGAUAUAUGGAUGCUAUUUCCUGUAUUCCAUAUUUUCGGGGAUCCAUGUGAAUUAUGAUACUGGUGUUGCGAUCAUGGAUGGUCAUGCAUGAUUAAAUUUACAUAAUCCAGUAUGGUUCGUAUUGGUAUUAUUAUUGACAGGAUCUUGAAAUAAGGUAUUUAUCAUAUCUGAGGCCAAUAAAGUUAUCCAAUCUGAAAAUUUAAUUUUAGGAAAAUUAUACCAUGUAAUCAAUGUUUGCCCCAAGUGGGAGAAUGUAGGAAUUUUGAGCUUCUAGUGAUUAUUAGUUUGUUUUAUGGUCCUUAAUUACAUCUGAUAAUGUGUAUUGAGAGAUAGGAUAAAGAAUAUAUAUAAUUGCCUAUCAUGAUAAGGAUUACACAUGGUAGGUGUUGAUCUGAUAGACUAUUACUUGAUGGGAGGAGUCUCAUAAGAUAGUUUAUAUAUAUAGAGCCUUGGUCCCAACCAUCACACGACAUACGCUCCAUAGGGUAGUCUUGCCCCAUUGAGAGACUUGAGUGAAAAGUGCAGAGGAUAGACGACAAAAACAGAGGUCGAAUCAUUCUCUCUAAAAUCUGAUACUGAUCCAGACCUCAAGAUUAAGCAGAGGUCGGAUUUCUUCAUUUUCUGGCUUCUUAUUGAGUUUAUUAAUGGCUUUCGCAGCUAUGCUUAACCUAAUUUGUAACGACCCGAACCCGUAGGUCCGAACCGUUAGCCGGGUCCUUAAUCGAACCCGAGGUCAAUUAGGGAUAACACCAUUCUUUUCUACAUCAAUACAUAUUAUACGUGUCAUUCCGGGUUUAUAUAAAAAAAAAAGUAAUAAUAAAUAAAUAAUUAAAUAGUAAUAAUACUAAAUUGAGAUUAUAGCUACAAAGUAUAUCAUAACGGUUUACAAACCCCUCGAACACUGUGGAGGAGCAUCAUCUGCCACUUGCCAUCCGUGUCCUAAAAAAAUAUUAAAUAUUAGGGUGAGCAAAUUGCUCAGUAGGUGGUGCCUAAGACACACCUCUUGUGGCCCCGUGAAUCCAAACAAUGAAUAGCAAUAGGAAGCGGGGUCAUACUAAACCGGAAGGGAACACAACAUUAAUUCCAAUUCCAAAAUAACAAUGCCAUGACAUGAAUGUAAUGCCAUGCAUGUCACUCCUCAUUUUCAGAAAAACAUCUAUCACUUCACAAACUGUAAAUAUAACCCGCCCUUUGGUGACUCCGCAGCAACACGAGAGAAGGAUUGGCUACUGUCCCUAACCUUUGAUACCUCCGCAGCAUCAUUUGGGGCCCAGAUAGCUCAAUCACGCUAGGGCAGUCUCCCUAGUUCCCUCUAGGCUAUAUUAACACACCGGCCCUUUGGUAACUUCGGGGCGACCGGGUUUUCUCAAAAACACUUUAAUCAAAUCAUUUCCCCAAAAAUCUCUUUUCCAUUUGUUUUAAGUCAUUUUACCCUUUUUCCAUACCCAAUGCUAUGAAUGCAUGUCACAUGCUUGUCAUUACUAUAAAAAUAAAUAAAUUUCCACUAUACAAUUUAACAUGCUUCCACAUAGCAAUUUCUAGCAAGGUAUUAAACAUCAUGGCAUGGAAAUUUACAUUUAAGCAUGCUUUUCAUACAAUUUAAUUAAUACACAUAAUCAUAGAUUUCAUUUACAACAAUAAAAUCAUUUUCAAGACAAUCAAUUCAAAUUAAGCAUGUUAAUUUGUACAACAUCAACUACACACAAAAUCAUAUUCUUCAUAUAUACAAUUAAAUCACUUUAGAGUAAAAUAUCACAAAUUAGAAUGCUAGGACACUAAUUAAAUAAAAUUAACUCACAAAGGUACAAGAUUUUGUGGAUUAGAGACCCCUACCCUGAAAAAGAAUUUCUUCACUGGAUCACCAAGUCUCGGCCUCCUCUGCAACUCUCGGCUUCUCUCUCAGUACACAAACUCUCGGCUCUCUCUCUGUCUCUCUCUCUAUGCACUCUAUUUGCCAACUCUCUGUAAGUUUCCAUUUUUCUCUUUCUGUUCAUCUCUAAUAAUCUAAACCAGUGCACAAAACACACCUUAUAUAAACACAUUCCACCGACAUCAUAAUUUAUAUAUAUAAAAAAUCGACUCAAUUGCUUACACAUUGGUGGACCCCGCCACCAAAUCCUUGCCUUAUCUUUUCAUUGCUCCCUUAUCUUUCCACUCAUCAGAUAACCCACGUGAAACUUUAGAGCCAAGGCCAAAACUUGGCCAAGAAAUUCCUUUCUCAUCAUUUCAGUGCCUCACUUAUCCCAUCAGAUGCUAUAUAUAUAUAUAUAAAUAUAUAUCAUAGCACCAAAAACCAAUUUCAGACUCUUUACACAUCUCCUAGUGGAUCCCACAAAAGCCAUUAUCACAAUAUCAACUUUUCUCUCUCACUAUAAUUCGGCACCUGCUACCUUUUUCAUCACACUAUAUAUAUAUAUAUAUACAAUGUAACCAAUUUCAAGCCUAUUAAACCAUCACCCGUGGGACCCACCAUUUCCAUUUCCUUUUUCUUUUCAUUUCGGGCAGCCUACCCACACCUCACAAUACAAAUACAAUUUCCUUUAUAACCAUCAUCAUCAAUAUAUAUGUAUAUAUUUACAAAUCUCAUCAAAACCUACUAUCAGAUCAACAUCAUCUCCUCCAUAAAAAUAUACUAUUAUAUAUGAAUGCAACCAAAUCAAGUCAAAACCAAUUUCUCUUCCCACGGCUGGUUGCUAUCUCAAUCAGACAUACAUACACCAAAAUGUAAACGUUAAGUCUCGAAUAUAAAAUUAAAUACACUAAAAAUUAUGAAAUAAUUAAAAUUUAAAAAAAAAAAAAAAAAAAAAA